AUGCCGCUAGCAUCCAACAUCCGCCACCAGAGAAGCCAGUCUCCAGCUCAUAGAAGUCCGCUUUCCCAGCCACCCCUUACAUCCGCAGACGUGGCGAAGAAGAAGGUAAAGAAGAAGUUGGACGAUGCCGCUAGAAGUGACCAUGAUAGCACGGCGAGAACUGAUGCGAAAACGCUUUUUGAUGACUCGACUGAGCCUUCGCCAAUGAGUCAAUCUCCUGCACCUUCCAUGCCGCCUGCUCCGGCGGCGGUCGAUCCGCCAAGCGCCGCUGACUCGCCUGCAUUUGGACCCCUGGACCCAUACUCACCAUCCCCAGGUGAGCCAGAUCUGGCUACCAGAACAGACUCAUGGGCAAGAGGCAUACCAUUUGGGAAGAGCCCGCCUAAUGACCCCAUGGACGGUAUCGGUUUCGCUGAAUCUCCUCCAGCCUUCGCCCUACCGCCCCGGGUAGACACCUACCGCCAGGCUUCUCCGUCCACUUCACCUCCCCAGGCACGGCUUCGACCGACUAGUUAUGCAGAGGCUACUCCAACAUCUACGCCGUCAAGCUACCAGCCUCGAGACCGACAGCAACGGUAUUCUAUCAGCAGCCACCGUAGCAAUAGGCUGAGCUACCCACCACCACCUCACUUACCACAAGCUCAUUUCUAUUCUGCGCCUGAUGUUGAUAUUCCGGGAGCCACCCAACAAAGCGUCAAGCAGCAUCAGCAACCCGGUCAUUCGUUCUGUGCCGUCGAGCAUCUUCCGUUUGCCUCCCACAAGUCAGCCAAGACAGGAGGGAAUGUCAUUCUGGUAGGCAGGGACGGUGCUUUGGAUGUUUUAGCAAUAGAAAACUCGCGAAUGAAAGUAGUAGGCUCUAUGCAAGGGCUGAACGGAAGAGUCAUUGAUGCCACGCUCCUACAUUGGUCUUCCGGUCCCGACCCGUUCGCAUCGCUGCGUCCUCUAGUUGCCAUCACAACACACGGCCUUGCUCCAAAAGAUGAAGGCAGCACGUCGCCUUCCCCUUCCGGUGGGUCUGAACAGAUAGACUUCCUUACCGGUACCUCUCCAAAGCCCGCUGUAAACACGAAACCCGAUGUCCCAAUGGCGCAGACGAGAGUACAGAUCUAUUCUCUUCGGACUAGAGAGCUUAUUUCGACCUUGUUUGCUACCAAACCAGUUCCCUGCAUUGAUACAUUCCCUGGAAUCACGCCGUAUAUACCCCCGCCAACAGCCAAUCUAAGAAUUCUUGCCAGUGGUAAUUUGGUUAUUAUCGCAUCUGGUACUAGCGGUGAGGUCUUGGUAUUUGGCGUGGCUCGUUCACCGUCGCCUGCCGUUUAUCAAUGUAUUGGAAAGAUGUGGACGAAUGUACAGGCGAGAGAGGCCCGGAGAUACUCCAACUCGUCAGCUUCAACGGACGCAGAUGAUCCACAUUCGGAGGCUAGCCGUGCAGCCAAGGUAGUCGAUGUACCCAUCCUCUCCGUUAGUGGGCGCUGGCUUGCUGUCGUUAGCCCAUCACCUAAUCGAGUCUCACUCCAUGGGGCGACUCCGCCGCUCAUUACAUCUCGGAGAAUAUAUGGCGUCGAUGCUCACACACCCCCGUCCCGACCAUCCGUCACAUGCGGCGUUGACUCUGGCGAAGGUGAAAGCUUCCUUAACAAAGUUGCACGAGGCGUAACUCAAGAAGUGUUUAAGGGAGCUCGAUGGAUUGGAGACCAAGGCCUUCAGACUUGGAACAACUACUGGAAUAAGGACUCACAGACCGGUCAUUCAACUCCUUUACGCCGGCCGCAGUCAACGGACCAGCACAGUUUUGCUGCUGACAUUUUACCCCCUACCCACGCACAGGAGACUCAAUCUCCUCCCACAAAUGAGCCAGAUCUUGUCUCCAUUUUCGAUCUAAAGCCACUAGAGGACUUCCAAGAUGGAAAAUCUUCAAACCCUAACCCAAUCGCGACGUUCCAGCCCCCUCACGGCUGUAGCUUUCUUUCCCUGUCGCCUAACGGGCUCAUGCUCAUUACCGCAAGCAAGAAAGGCGAUAUACAGUGUAUUUGGGAUUUGAUGCAGAUCCGUCAUUGUCGAGCUCGCGCGUUCCUAGCAGAGGAUCCUUCAUCUACAGCAAAAUCUAACCCUCCGGCUGCUCAUGUUCGGCAGGUUGCUCGAUACGCUAGGUUGACUACAUCGACAAUCCGAGAUGUCAUAUGGACGGCCCCCAACGGUGAGCACGUAGCUAUCAUCACGAAGAAGGGAACAACCCACGUUUAUGAAGUUCCACCCAGCGCGUUCCGGUGGCCCCCGCUACGACGAUCAGUUUCGGUGGCACAGGCGUCAAAUGCAGAAUCAUACACACGCGAUGAAGUGGCUGAUGAUGCACCCCGCAACCCCUUCUCCACCGCUAUGAAGCUGGUAGGCGACACUACACAGCCAUUCUUAGCGGCUAUGCGUGGUCGUGCUCCCAGCGUCGGUGCAGCAUUCACCGUAACCAAGGGAUUUGCAAUUCCAUCGGCAGGAGGUAAAGCAGUUGCUGCAGGUUUAAGUAAAUCUGUCGGAGCCGCCACCGAAACUAUGAAUAAUCUUCGAUAUGUCGGCGAAAACCGCCUCCAUCCUUCCAACUUUGCAAAAGAUAGCAUUGGUGCCAAAGCCGUAUGGAUUGGUGAUGAGAACGGCAAGGAACUGUCCAUCGGCAUCAUGGACGGAGGCGCUUUCAAGGUCUAUCAAGUUGGCAAGAGCUCAGCUUCACCAAAGAACAAGAAACAGGCUCAACCGUUCUUUGGUGGAAAGAUUCUCGAAGCACGCCUCCCAGCUGAGAUCCAGAAUGCGUAUACACAUGAGCAGGCCAUUACCCGGGGCUCAGAUACCAUUACUGGCUCCUGGUCUGGGUCCUCACACCCUCGCCCCGGCGGCAGUGCGAAGAUCAAGUUACCGCCUCUUGCCCAAGCCGAAAUCGAGACACACGCUCCAUAUCAACCAUUUCACACCGAUCGUCGAGUAACCUUAAUGGUAUACUCAACGGAGUCCGACCGUACCUCCAAGUCCGCACCAUGGGUAUUUGGCAACGACAUCCCGACGCUUAAAGUCUAUGUCCGCAGCGUGUCCCGUAGCGAUGACGAGAGCGGACCCGAAUCCGAAGGCAAAAACAAACAUCGUGAGAUGGAGAAUCUCAUCAGCCUUGGCCAGGGCGGUGCCGGUGAGCACGUCGUUAUCACCACACGUCGCAAGCGAGGACAAGGUGCAGGCGGAGACGUCGUUGACGAGGACGGGUUCUUUGAAGAUGAUUGCGAUGUUCUUGACUUUGCGAGGGAUCGAGUUUGA